AGUCCAUUUACCACAAAGCUCGUUUUCGCUGCCCAACGUUUGCCGUUCGCUCCAUGCUUCCCUCAAAUGAACAAAGUCCCUCCAGAGACAUCACCUCCUGUAACAACGAAGACAGUACCCGACAUUGCCGCUUCGCCAGUGUCUCCGUGUAGUUCUUCACCAUUUCCGAAUGGAACGCGAUCGGCGUCGGAAAGUCCCGUUAUUUUGAGGCCAGCGCGCACAUUUCCACCGGCUACAGAUGUGACCACGGUGUAUUUGGAUGCUCCACGAAAAAGUGUGGUGCUUUUGAAAAAUGAUGAGGAGCUAGAGUUGGUCCGGGAGGUGGGAGAGGCAACCGUCAAGUUCAGCGUGGGACACAAGGGCGCGAUACGCGACGUUGAAGUAUCUUCAGAUGGAUCUUUUAUCGGCAUUCUACGAUCUGCCAAAGUUUUGGAUAUCAUGCGGAUUAAUUCGAUGGGACAAGCCGCGAGUAUGCAAGAGAUUGUUAAAGAUGCGCGUUCAUCUGAGGCGAUAUUGGGCUUCGAGUGGACUUUCCCUGGAGAACUGAUUGCCAUCACAAAUAUGGGUCUCGAUUUGUAUCAGUAUAGCGAAAGCAACGACAAAUUUAUCCGCAGGAAAUCAAAGCAGUUCAACGUUAACUGGUACAGUUACUGGCCAGAUCACCAUAUUUUGAUCACCUCGGUUAGUUCACUGACACUGAAGCUGUACCAUCUGAAAGGAGACGCUUCCUUCGAUCCGUUGCCACCGUUACACGUCGUCCCGCGGGGAAAAAGUAAUACCCUUCAAGUACAUGUCACCAAGCGACAGAUUGCGGUCCUAUGCGCCUACGGGCGCCUGUACUGCAGCUUCUUCGAUUUGACGACGGAGAAACCUAUUCUUGUUCUGUAUCGCAUUACAAGGGCCUCUCUAAACCACGAAGUCUCCUGCCAUCUUCAAGGGCGAGGAACUUUCAUUGUGAAUAUUGUCGACAAUCUUCUUGUUGUUCACAACCUUAUUGCAAAGCACCCUCUGCUUUUUGAUCUCAAAGAUGCAAGUUCACAGCCUAUAAUACCACCCAAGCAGCUCCAGAUGGACGAAGCCUUAGGAGAGUGGCAAGCUUGUUUCUCUGACUGUAUCUUGAUGCCGAGCUGCGGAGUCUUGUAUGAGCUCAUGUUAAACUUGGACGCUAUUUCGAAAACGAUGCGUGAGCUUCGAAGCGAUUUUCAAGUUUUGGAGUUCCUACUUCGACGAAAGAUUGAAGAUCCUUCCCUGAUACUUGGCCUCGUGCGCGACAUGCUGCGAGCGGAGACAGAACCAGGGAUAAUGCGAAAAGCAUUCGAGCUUUUGAACACGACCGGGCGUGGUGUGUCCGUACCAAGAGGCAGGGCGAUGGUACGCGAUGUUUCCACAGAAUCAGCCGACUCACUUGCGAGUUCUCGUGCCGGAACAGGGAGCAGACUGCCACCUGCUCCUGAAACUUCUGUCCCGAAAAGACUCUUAUCACCACCUGGAUCGCGAGCAAGCUCAAGACCGUCGUCCGUUGGUGGGCACCGCACUCCAGCAGACUAUGCCGAGGGCAUAUUCAGCCAGGAGCAUAUGUAUGCCCUCAUUUUCAACGUGCUUGGGAGAGAGUCGGAUUUCCCAGUCCGAUACCUAACCCGAUGCAUUCUUGAGUAUAUUGCGGCCUUAUCAGCAACCGAACCCAUCCAGCCAUACUUUCAUGAACUUUUAGCUGAACUUCUAGUCAAGGACCAGCGCUAUGCCGAAUUGCAUCAAUAUGUUCAGUACAAUGUUGUGCAGGAUUCGAUUGCAGUUGCACGUCUACUGCUUAGUAAAAGUGCGGAAUACGGACCCUAUCAGCAGCUCGGGCUGGAUAUGUUGAAAAGGAUGAAUGCGAACGACGAUGUUGUAGAUAUCUUAAUUUCGAGAGGACAGGUUCUUGAUGCUUUGCGAUUUGCGCUUAGUCGUAACUGUUUGCGCACCGUUUCUGUUACUGGCAUUUUGGAUUCUGCGUUGGCCUCUGGCGACAAGACACUUUUUCUGAACACUUUCCGAUGUCUGGAAGAACAAGGACUGAUAUCAUCUGACAUCAGUCAUGAACACCCACACACAGGAUUGUCCCCAGGUGGCUCGGGGCGAUACGUCUCCGUUUUCAGAGAGAUGUGGGGGGAGGUGGUAGAGAUGGAUAGCUUGAUAGACAUGUAAAUAUGCUAAUAUUCUAUUGCAAACAUACAGACGGCA